UAAUGUUUUUUUUGUCAAUCUUUUUCUCUUUUACCCAAUCACAGUUAACGUUAUGCAAUUAUAUUUCAAAUCACCAUGACAUUUGCACUUCUUUUAGCUAUUUUUAUCAUUUGCAUUUGGAUCUCGAUAUUGUUUUUAAUCUUGGCAGGAUAAUGGUCUUAACAAUCAAUUCAGACACUGAGAUGACAAAUUUUUGUCGGACAGCUGGUGUUGUUCCCUCCCAUCUUUUCUUGCCAAGCCCUGAUCAUCUAGGAUAUGUCGAUUCCAUAUCAGUUGAGGAAAUUGAUGGUGUAACGCUCACGAUUGCAACAAAUGAAGGUGGUGGUAACUCCACCUCCACAGUGAUUUUGCGUGGAAGCAAAGAUAGCAUCUUAGAUGAGCUUGAAAGAUACGUUGCUGGCGGUGUUAAUACAUAUAAGGCCAUGCACAGUAAUAGUGUAACUGAUUCUUGGGAUGCAGCAAGGAAGCUUUCCUUGAAAUUGAAGGAGUAUGCCGAUUUAGAAACUGGGUUUGUUUGUUCGUGAGAUUGAAGAAUAUUCAAAAAUAAGUUGCUGCAUCCUCAAACAAGUUAUGGCAACCAAGAAGUUUUCAUGUCUUAUGUUACUUUCAUUGAUGAUGUUUGCUUUCUUCAUCAUGUUGCCCGUGAUAUCAGGACAAAGUCACAAUCAAUGUUUUGAUAGAGCAUAUCCAUGUCACGAGAAUUCAUGCAGAAAGAGCUGCGUCUUGCGAGGUUAUAAAUCAGGAGGUUGUCUAAAACUUGCUUUUCAAAUUGCUUGUUGUUGCUGGUAGCAAACCGGUUUAGAAUCUCAUGUAUUUCUCAA